UCCGCCGCAAAAUUCUCGGGUGAAAUGUAUUCGAAACGAUUUACGUCCAUGAGGCUAUAGCGACUCUUCGAGUCUUCGAAGACAAAAUCCUGUGAAGCUCACCGAUGUCACUCCAAAUUUGAAGCUUCUCCGAAGGGUCCGCAAGACAGGAGAGCGCAAAAAUGGGGAUCCUGUGGUCGAGGUUCAAGAGCAAGCCUGGAACCAAGGAGUUGUUAGACGACAUCGAAAAGAAAGUCCGAAACAUAAAUGAGUACAAAUUGAGCACAGAGCGACAGCAGAAGAGGCUCGUGGGGGCGUUGAUAUUAUACUCAUGUUUAUUCUACAUCUUGUGUAUGAUUAUAACUUAUGUGUGGUACUUCCCGAAGACACUUCAGGGCCAAGUGUUGUGCAUCGUGCCUCUGGUGCUGUUUCCUGUAGGAAUUGUACUUGCCAAAAAGCUUCUUCAGUGGUACUUCAGAGAAAAAUCGAAAGGAAGAACGAAGAGCUCACAGAUCUGAUCAAGCAGAAGCGCUCGGUGCUUGACAACUGUCAUGGAGACCGAGACCUACAAAGUUGCCAAGGAAAUUCUGGAGAAGUACGAUCCAGAAACGCUCAGGAAGAGUGUCAAAGUAGAAGAGAAGACUGUCAAGCCAUUGCUUGGCACGGAUGCAGAUGUGCGGAGGCGCAUGAUUCCCCCUCAGCCCAUGAAGGGCCCCAUGCGCCCAGGAGCCCGGCUACCUCACUCCAACCUCAAGAUGCCUUCCUCCUCUAUGCCCAAUGCUCCCUUUGAGGAGCGUCGCAUGAUGGUAGUUGCACCGGGCAUGUCGAGGAAUGGGCAACAGGCACACGGCCCAUUGCCAAUGCCUGCUCUGCCCCGGCCAAUCCUUCCCCGGGAGAGGACGGCUUUCGAUCGAGUCAUCGACUUUAUCGUGGGAGAAGGCCCCAACAACCGGUACGCGCUCAUCUGCACCCGCUGCUCCUCGCAUAACGGGAUGGCACUCAAGGAAGAGUACGAGUAUCUGGCAUUCCGGUGUUGCUACUGCUUCCACUGGAACCAGGCAAAGAAGCAACGCCCAGAAUUGCCGAGGGUACUCGAGCUGCCACAGCCGGGCCUGCUCGCUCUUCCAUCUCCAACUUCAGCUGCGCCUGCUCCUGCUGAGGAGUCCUCCAUCACGGCAAACAACCUCAGCAGUGAAAAAGACGCAGAUGAAACGGACAUGGAAACAUGCGACGAAGGCCCCGAGAGCAAGCCGGCAAAGGAAGAAGCCCCGCCGGAUGACUGCCUUCCCGCUGCCAAAAUCUUGCCGGUCGACGCGUCGGGUGACAUCUUGGGACCGCACGAGAUGGCCCGUCAGCCAAAGCAGGCUGUCGUAGCACCGUUGCCCAAGAACCCGCUGUCGAAAAAGGAGGACUAAGUCGCCAGUCGCCCUAGACGUGCCUUAAAAUUUUCUUAUAGCUCCUACUGCUAACCAAGACAGACUCUCCAGUGUUUAGUGAGGAGUGCCAAGAUGCUGCCAUGAAUCUUGGUGAGAUAUUAAUGAAGCAAAACGUUUGUAGCGCUUCUUUUGGAUGAUUGUUUCUCGUAGGGGUGGGGUGGGGGUUUAGGGAAGAGCGGUGUGUCUGUACACGUGUUAUUGGUAGCAAUCUCCCAUUUUUGUUUUGACUGUGUACAGUUAACAUUCAAAUGUUUGUUCAGUAAUUGUGACUGAAUAGAAUAGUAAAUUAUACGUCGGUUUCUUUCAGUGUUUUUUUUUUUUUCUUGUCUUGUGACUGGUGCAGUUGAAGGGUCUCACUGAAUGUAUAUGUGUGUGUGUGUGUGAUUGUGUUUUUUGUUAAUUUUUUAAUUUAGAGCCUACUCUCAAAAUGAAUCCUUGCAUGUUGGUUGCUGUGGAGUCCUGAAACAUGUCCUAGGCACUUGACUAAUUCGCAGCAUUCGUCAAUUAUAGUGCUUGCUUUCACACAGCUUGUGGGAUUUUUUUUAUAAAUGUAUAUGUAUAUGCAAGUAAGCGUCUUUCUCUGCUUAUGCUUACCACUUGCGUUAUCUAAUUGAAUUUUAACAGGCCUUGAUAAACUGCUGCUUCUGUUGCAAAUUGUGCCUUGAUAGGCGAUUGUCAUGUUGCGAUGCGUGACUAUGUGCGCAACUGCAUUUUAAGUUUGAUAAUCGGAAAACUAAUUUUAUGAGUUCGUCAAGGCUUUCAUUAAGACGGGUAUAUGGCAAAGAAUUGACUGACAAGAAGGUGGGAUGCCGCUAUGUCCGAAUGGCUUCUUGUGCUCUUGUGUAAUAUUCACAAUGCAAUUUGUAUUUACUUGCAUCGUAGCAGUACAGUGCCAUUGACCCAGCUGCAUUAAAAAUUGCCGUCGUUCAGAUCUCGCAGUGCCUGCUUUAGUGACACCGCUAUUAUAACGAGGCUUCUGCGACUAUCGUGCAUGCAAUGAAUAGCUUCCUAGUUAAUAGUGUAUUAAUCCAUAAUAUUGAGUGACCUAAAUAUAACUCUUGCUGAUUCAAAUGAUACUCGUUCCCAGGAAUUGGAAUUGAUAUGUCAUCUGUAGCAUGCAUGCACAGUAAGGCCAUUUUACAGGUAGAUGCAUUUUAGUGGCAUUCUCUUAUUGGUCGGCUCAAGAUAUGCAUAAAUGCCUUGAAUAUCACGCACUGCGACUUAAAUGUGGGCUCUAAUUGCUCUGAAAAAACUCCUGGUUCAGAUCACUGUUCUCACUUCUAUAGUCUGUUAGUUAAAGAAGGAAAAAGAAAAACAUCCUCACUGUGGAUUUUUUUUUUCAAGUUGGACUGUUCUGGUGUGUUGUGUUGCGAGAUUAAACAAAUAUGUGCAGAAA